AUGAACAAAUUUGAAGAAACACUUAAAAUUGCAGAAUUUGCCGAAAAAGAGCUUGAUUCUUUGCUUUUGGAUGUUGAGCUACAGAGUGAAAAACUUACUGUUGUACAACAAAAAGCUUGUCUUGCUAGGGAUAAAAUGUAUCAAUCAAAUAUAUUAAUGAAGCGUGUUAAAAAAUUUAAUAAGUCAAGAGUUAUCAUUGGAUGUUUUAUAGUAGUAACAAUUACAUCUUUAAUACUGUAUUUUGAAUUAAAAAGGUUCUAA